AGGAUUUUGUAAUGGCGUAUUCCAAUAUUGCGAUACGUGUGUAUCACUAGAUAAAGGGUUAAGCGAGGCAAGUCAAACGAGGUCGCCGUUCGUGGGAUUUUUUCUUUUCUUUUCAAAAUGUCAAUAUUCAUGAACAACGGAUAUUCCUUUUGACAAUAAAAAAACGCGUUCAGGAGACUUUGUUUUCCUUUGGGGUCCCCCUCCCACCCCCGGAAGGUCCAAAUAUCGCAUUGAUGGCGCUCUUUAGCGGCCCCGGACGUAAACCUUGUUGGGAAAUGUUCAACAAAUGUCACUCGGGUUGCGGGGCUUUGCAGGGCCGAUUUUGUUAAGGGCGAAAGGUCGAAUUAGGUUGACGUUAAUAUACCAAAUCCCCUCCGCCUCUACCGUAGGGCGGCGUGUGUGUUUGAGCGCUUUCAACGAACGUAUCUUUCCCCAAUAUUUAUUGUCGAUCCGUGUUGGCCUCUUUGGUCGGCGCCCGUCGGUUUUCGCGCAAACCAAACGUCGGGGGUCGAGGAGCUCGUCCUCGCACUUCCGCUGUGAACGUUCUGCCGCGGACUUCCACAAUUGUAUUUUCGCCCCGCGCAAAAUUUGUCUUCGGCCCGAAAUCACCUUUUCUUAUCCGUCGGCCCAUACUUUUGGCUUGAAUGGGGAACCACGGUGUGGGGAAAACCUUUCGCCGGGGCUCCGAAUAUCGGAGAAAAAUGGGAUGUUUGGAGGCCCCAUUUGUAAAAAAGGCGGGGGAAGUCUUUCGGUUUGAUUUUCGUCAUCCCUAUUCGGAGUCAAACUCCAAACGCAAAAACCCAGAAGUGGAUCUCCCAAAAGACUUUUUUUCGCAUGGUGAUCUCCAUCGCUGUCUUCGCGCCCUCCGAGUAUACUUUUGGGAGAUGGCGUGGAUGCGAAAAGGAAAAGGUUUAUUAUGCGCUGGGAAUACGCACCCCAGGGAUAGGUAA